CUGGAUUCGUCACCUGACAAGACUACAACCAGCUGGGUAAACAUGGCGCCCGUGUGUGGGAACUACAUGUAGCGCUUCUCUCUAUUAACGGUGUUUCUGUCGCAACGACGUCCUGAACACAGUGACGUGCUGCAGAAGACGCGCGGAGACAUGAAGGGGAGACGGACGGAGGCGCCUCUCUGACGCCGUUUUUAUGUUUCCCGCAGUGUGCAGCAUGGAUGGUCCUGGCCGGACCUCCUGAUCGGCGCGACGUAAUUGCUUUUAUUAACAAGGACACUGAUUUGUGUUUUGUUUCCGUCGAGGUUUAUUCUCUUCGUGUACAUGACAAAUAUCGAGGCUCCUGAUCAAUGGACUGUGCUGCAGGAGUGGAGCUGAAUUUGGGACCACUCUGCUCUGGGACCCCCUUUUUUUAUAAUUACAUAAUCAGUGGGACACAAUCAGGUGGAUAGUGUGCACCUUCUCCAUCUCCGGACCCCUGGGAUCUCCAGCACUUUUAACCUCACAAAAAACAAAUGUGCAGCAGGAUGUUCAGUCUGGCUGCACUUCCCGUUGCCGCCCUCCCCCCUGUUCUCUGACUGCUGGUUUAUGACCGUCGGUUGUGCUGCACUGUGCGUUUGCGUUGCUCAUGUCUUGCUCAACGACACCACGAUGAUCGGCUCACCUGACGUGGUGGCGUUCACCAAAGAGGACGAGUAUGGGCAGACCACUCCGGACCCCUGGGCUCUCCCCGCGGAGUUCUCCUUCCCCCUCCAUCCGCUGGCUGACUCCAACCCCUGGGCCAAGACCUCCUAUGCCAAGUUCACCAAAGACUUCAUCCUGAUCUCCGAGUUCUCCGAGCAGGUGGGCCCUCAGCCGCUCCUCACCAUCCCAGAUGAGCCCAAAGUCUGCGGCACCUUCGAUCUCAACUAUUUCUCCCUGCGCAUCAUGUCCGUGGACUACCAGGCCUCUUUUGUCGGACAUCCGCCUGGCAGCGGCUACCCUAGGCUCAGUUUUGUGGAGGACUCCAGGGUGGUGCUGGGCGACUCAAAGGAGGGGGCGUUCGCCUACGUCCAUCACCUCACUCUUUACGACCUGGAGGCGAGGGGCUUUGUGCGACCGUUCUGCAUGGCGUACGUGUCGGCAGACGAGAGGAAAAUCAUGCUGCAGUUUCAGGAGCUGUCACUCCGCUUCUCGCGGGCCUCUGAGUGCUUGAAGGCCGGGAACAGGAGAGCAUUCGCCAAGGAACUGCAGAGGAAGCUGCGGGACCUGGAGUACACUCACUCCGUGCUGCAGAGGGAGGAGGGCCUGCAGAGGGAGGCGGGGCCUCAGUGCAUGUACUCCGCUCACGCCGUGGAGAAGGCCAAUGAGCUUGCAAAUGUGGAGAAGAGCAUCUACGAACACAGAGACCUGCUGAGGCAGAUCAGCUCCUACCAGCACCGCCCACGCAGAGACCCCCACGCUGUCACCUGCCAGACGUGUGUCACCGAGUGCCUGAGUGAGUGCGAGCAGCUGUUGGACAAAUACGCCAAGCUCGCCAAGCCCUUCCGUUACACCGACAAACGGGGCAACGGGGAGGAAGGUCGGGAUCAGGUUGACGAUGAGGGAGGUGGAGAAGACAUGAACGAGGAGGAAGAGGGCGUGAAGCGCAGGUCGUCCUACACGCCACAGCUGAUCAAGGCCAAGUCAGCAAAGUGCUUCGACAAGCGGCUGAAGACCCUGCAGGAGCUGUGUGACGAUACUUUCUACGACGCCACCGUGGAGGUCCUGAAGGAGACGGAGAGGAGUUUCCGCGGCGACCUGUGUUACCUGCACACUCGCCGCCUGGACAGGGCGGUGCGCAGGAAGCUGAGAGUUACCAACUUCCUGUUUGAGGAGGAGCUCGGAGAUGAGGACGAGGAUGAAAGGGGAACAAUAAGACCAUUCUGCGCUGUGACCCAUGCUGUAGAGAACUUCACACUGUUCAACCCGCCUCCUAUCGUGCUAGGACCAGAACCUGAUGUCCUGGAGCCUCCAGACCCGCUGGACCCAGCCGCCGUGACCAGCCACACUCGUGAGAGUGAGCUUGGGCUCGUGGAGAGCCACCUGGAGUCCUCCCCUUCAGACCAGACUCUGGAGACCCAGGGCAGCUCGGAGGAGACCAAAGGAAGCUUCAGCAGCGACAAGAGCGGGAUGGGACUAGCGGAGAGGCAGAAUCGGGCUUGUGUGAAGUCGGAGGCCCCCGAUUCUGACUUGACCCCUGACCCCGACCCGGAGAGGGAGAGCAGCAGCGAGGAGAUGGAGACCACUGCUGGAGAGGACGAGGGAGACGGGACGCCCGUGUCCUUGCUGGAGGUGGCGUCGGAGCUGGAGGCCAGCAGGGAGGAUGAUUGUGACGGAGAAGCCGAUGAGGCCUGUGAGAUGCAGUCUGACCUGUUGGUUCCUUUGGACACGGCGUGCUGUAUGGCCCAAGAUGGUUUCCUUUAUGAGGCUUCUGCCCCGGAGGCGGCGCCUCCUCUCGGCCGAAGCUCCCACCUACAGCCCUACCAAACACUGGUGAUCAACCAGGAGCCCCAGGCCCUGCUUCACCUCCAGGACGACUACGCGGUGGGCUCCCCAUCCUCAGGGAGCCCUGCGGAUGGGCUGGAGCUGCCCGUUGGACUCCUCGGAGACACAGUUUCCCAAACCUCAGUGGAGGACGGGUGUGACUCUGCCAUGAGUGCUUCUACGGGCUCCGAUCGGGCCGCCUCGCCUCUGGGCUACGGGGGGGUCGUGACCUUGCGUCAGAGGAAGAAGGCUGGACAAGGAGCCUUGAGGUUUGUCAGACAGUACCCCUUCGCCAUUCAAGCUCUGUGGUGCCUGCUGAGCGGCAGAACCCUGGUGGUGCUCGGGGCGGAUGAGCGGGUGGUCCGCCGACUGGUUGCGGCUCUGGCCCUCUUCGUGCCGAGUCCCGGGAAGUGUGGAGAGCGCGUUCAAGCCUGGCUGUCGUGCCCCUUCACCCUCACUGACCUGCAGAGGUGGAAACUCGUUGGGCUGCAAAGAGUGGCGUCCCCUGUGGGCUCCAGCAUGCUUUACUCGCUCUCCCGGUACAGUCGCUACAUCUCCAUCCUGGAUGCCGACCACAAGACCCUGCGCUGCCCGUCUUACCGGGGUCACCUCCUUGCCAAAAUAGCGGACCACCGCACCUUCAUCCGCCGCGGUUCCACCUACUUCCUCCACCUACAGAGCGCUCUCUGCCACCUGGCGGCCAAGGCCUUCCUGCUCACCUUCACCCACCACCUCCACCUGCCGGUCAGCUCCACGGAGGGGCCCGAGGUCGUGGAGGGCAGACGCCUCUGCUUCCUGCGCGAGCAGCUGGGUCUGGGAGAAGAGGACGGCCAGAUACUGCUCUACCUCAGCCAGCUCAUCACGCGGCAGUACCUGCAGCCGCCCGGCGGGGGCCGGGCAGCCGCACCACCUUGCUUCAGUUUCAACUACACCACCAGCGUUUUAUACAAAAUCUGAUACCCCACCGGGACGAGGACUUUCCAGAUGGAUUUUUAGCAAAGCUCCUCUCAGACCCGUGGUUUUUAAUGGGCCAAAGGCUUGUCCUCAUAAGGGCCACAGCCCUUUUAAUUUCAGGACAAACUCCUGCGUUUGGUUAUUGUUUUAUCUGCGUAAUCUCUCUCCGCCUUGCUGUCUCCUUCUCCGGUCUUUGCUCUUUCCUCUGUGCGCGGGGAAAAGCAGUCCGAGGGAGUUGUGAAUGUCACUGAGCGGUUCACUCUGCCUGUGUUUGCUAAAGAGCACGCCGACACUCAACAAACACAAACAACCGAGCAGACGAAGGUCGCUUCCACUUAUUGUCCUGUUAGUCAUUUGUGUCUGUUGCUUGCGCCGGCUUGUUUAAGGUCAAUUGCCACCGCUCUCCACGCCGCACACACACACACACACACACACAGGCAAGCGCACACUCUCUCUCAAUGCAACUUUGCUGUUGGUGUACUGUGCUGGUCUGACCACAGCCAGCUCGCCAACAGGUUAAACGAUAUUUGUUAACACCUACGAAUCACUCAGCCUGUUUGUCCGCUGUGAUAUCAUCGCCGCGUUCCAUAAACAUGUUUUGCAGCCGACUCGCAUACUGCUGACAUUUUCUGCCUGUGGAGAACCGCCUGUGCAAUACGCUUAGCACUGCGCAGGCCCGUUACAGCUGGUUUUGUGACCUGCCUUUGUCUCUCUUUGAGAACGACCACAUAACCUCCGAAGGCCAAAAGCUUUUUUUUUUGAAGCCUUAAUCUUUUUGUUUGACUAUUUCAUUUGUGAAUCAAUUUGAACCCCCAUCCUCGCAGUGAUCUCGGAUUGUAGCUCAGUAGUUUUGAUUCAUGAGGGCGAGGAGAAAAACACUCCCAGCUUUCAGAUUGUGAUGCAUGAGGAAUUGUAUUUGCUGUGUGACUUUUAGGUCCAGUCGGCCCCACGUGAUAUUUGCAUGUCCAGAAAUAACGUCUCCACGAUACAUACCCGCCCAUGUUUGGGCAGCUGCAGCCAGCAGCUGUCUCUAUCAUGUGCUUUUGAGCAUUUUCAUUGAUAUUACUCCAAACAGUCCAGCACAUUUUAAAGCUACUUAACCUAAAUGUAUUGAAUUUCACUGUUGUCUUAAAGUUCUGUGAGGGUGUUGUGGUGUCAGCAUGAGACUGUCUUGUGCCGGGUUGAAUCACCUUAGUGAUAAUAGUUCUGUUUUGUUGUGUAUUUGGAUGAACUGACUCUACGAAGAUGCUGAAGUUUGAGGAGAAGUUGCUGAGACGUUGUUGUGUUUGUAAAGAUGUUGCUAGGAGGGGGAAAUAUAGUUUCCUGUGCCUUCAAAUGCAAAACUCUAAGCUUGGCGCUACAAUUAGGACAGUUGCGUAUUAUUUAUUUACUUCUGACAUGGAUAUGUGAUAUAUAAACAAAGCUGAACUGAAUUGAUUUCUACUGGACUAACUGUGGAUUAUGACCAUCAUGCCCGGAAUGUCCCACUUUUUUCUUUAGAGGAUGUUGGAGAACUUCAGUUAAGUGAUCUUUUGAGUUGUGCCUGGGGCCAGUAAAACACUGAACAAGCGUCUUUGAUAGUCAUUUAGAUUUUACCGGUUCUGAUUCUGUAGCGUCAGGGAUGGAGCCGUAAUCCUGUAUCUAGAAUGGUAAUUGUACUUGUGACUGCAUGGUCAGUUUUAAUGUGAAAGGUCAAACGACGAACCGUGGCUUCCUUCUACAAACAACUUUCUUUAAAUGCUUUUAACUAACGCCACUAUUAAUAACACCCAAUGUAUUAUUUCGGUACGUUCUUUGACAGGUUGUCUUUUUAUUUUUUUAACUGCUUGAAUAACAAAUAGUACUGCUAGUUUGUCCCUCUAAUGCUAAAAUGUGAAUGUAAUCUGGAUAAGCCAUACCACAGUGUGCUUAACACGCCAUCACUCAGUGUCCUUAUGUUGCCACAUCCUGCCCACCUUUUGUAUCCCAUCAUGAGGCUUCAUAUCGGCCCUGUGAGGCAUCGCUGUUAAAGAAGCACGUUGUGAACGUCUUGAUGCUUUUAUGUAAAUGUUUAUUCAUUUAUUCCAUUAAAUUAUUUGAAUCCAU